UAUAUAUAUACAUAUACAUACAUGUUAGUAGUUCACAGAGGGGUGGGUGGAUAGAGACAAAGAUGGUAGAACCCCAUCAGUCUCAAAUCUCAAUCAUAACAGCGUAGAAGAAAACUCAGUGCGCAUUAACCACAGAGAGAGAUAGAGAGAUAGAGAGAGAAAGCUGCCAAUUCUGUGAAUUUUGUGGGGAAAUACAUUCAGGAGGUAUAUUAAGUGUUGAGGAAGAGGUGGUGGGAAGUGUUUGUUGAGGUGGUCGGAAAUGGGUGGGGGAGGUGGCGGCGCGUCGGGGAAGUUGAAGAAAGCCGCUAAGAAAAUAUUUGUGCAGACAUGUGGCUCUUUCUGCCAGACACAACCAUCCCAUCUUCACAACUCCACCGCCACCACUGCAUGGUGUGAUUCUCCUAAUUAUUCUUCUCCCCCGGAAAAUCAAAAUCAAAAUCAAAAUAGGAACAUUUCCUGCAAGAAGAUCUUAUCAGAAAUUUCUGGCAAAGGCAAUUCAACUACCAGUCCUUCUACUAAGAAUUUGUGCGCAAUUUGCCUCGAACCGUUGAAUUACAGCUCAGGCAGUAGUGCAGGGCAGGCAAUAUUCACAGCACAGUGCUCCCACUCGUUCCAUUUCGCCUGCAUUUCCUCCAAUGUCAGCCAUGGCAGUGUCACCUGCCCCAUCUGCCGUGCUCACUGGACUCAAUUACCUCACAACCUCAACAUCAAAUAUUCGGCAGACCCCAUUCUGCAAAUCCUAGACGACUCCAUAGCCAACUCACGCGUCCACAGACGCUCCUUCCUCCGCUCUGCUCAAUACAACGACGACGACCCCGUGGACCUCACCCACCACCCAACCGACCAACCCCGUCUUCACCUCUCUCUAGCGGGGCCGCUUCAAGAUUCGUCUUGUCUCCGCGUAAGACUAUCGCACCAGCCCGCAACAGAUUUGGUCUUGGUUGCGAGCCCGAACGGGCCCCACCUUAGGCUCAUGAAGCAGGCCAUGGCGCUGGUGGUUUUCUCCCUCCGCCACGUAGACAGGCUGGCUGUGGUGACAUACUCCUCGGCUGCAGCUCGUGUGUUCCCGCUCAGGCGGAUGACUUCCUACGGUAAGAGGAAUGCGUUACAGGUCAUUGACCGUUUGUUCUACAUGGGGCAGGCUGACCCCAUGGAAGGGCUGAAGAAAGGUGUGAAGAUACUCGGUGACCGUGUCCACAAGAAUCCAAAUUCAUGUAUUCUGCAUCUGACCGACGCUCCUCCAUCCUAUCGUCGGUUUGAGGUGGAGGAAGUUCCGGUCAGGAUCCAAAGGUUCAGCAUAGGGUUAGGGUUUGGUGGCGGUGCUUCGAACGGGCUCAUCAUGCGUGAGUUCGAGGAAUUCCUUGCGAGAACACUAGGUGGAGCUGUCAGGGAUGUACAUAUGAGGGUGGGAGAAGGCAGGAGAGUGAUUAGGAUUGGAGAAUUGAGAGGCGGUGAGGAGAGGAAUAUUCCGGUGUAUUUGGGGGAGUGUGGGCCUGUGUGCGUUGAGUAUAGCUAUGUAGAAGGUGGGGAUGGGGAGUGCAUUGUUAGAAGAGGUGAGGUGGUUGUGGGGGAAAAUAAAGGAGAGAAUGAAAGUGAGAGUGGAGAUGGUGGUGGUGUGGAGAUAGUUGGUGGUGGUGGUGGAAGGAUGAGCGGUGGUGGUGGUGAUCAGUGUUGGGAAUAUCAUGAUCCUUUUAUGGCUAGAAGAUGGGCUAAACAUUUGCAUGGCUAUAGGCUGUAGAUUGUUUCUGCCAUACAUAUAUUCAUUGUAGUUUGUAAUUUCUCCAUACACAGCUGUAUUUGCUGAUAUCAUUCGUUGAUCCGGAUUGAAGUAGCACUUGUUUUCAAUUCUCGGCUACUUUUUCCUUUAUCCACAUUUUCCUGUAAACGAAACUUCCGUUUGGAACAGCAUAACCGAGAGU